AUGGCCAAACAAUUUAAUAUAGUAGUUUGUGGCUCAGCUCGCGUUGGCAAAAGUACUCUUGUUAAUGCUUUAUGUGGAAGAGAAGUAGCUCAAACCAGUAGUAGUUUGUGUUCAGAAACUAAUGAAAUGAAACAAUACGUGUUGAAUCCAUUUUGCCAAGCAAGUAACGAAGAUACAAGUUCAACUGAAUAUUCAAUAACGAUCUGGGACACACCGGGUAUUGAAUCAUGGACUGAAGAUCAUGUUAGAAAGCAUUUUACGAAAAUUAUGCUUGAAAGCACUCCAAUCUGCAUGAUUUAUUGUGCGUCACCAGGCUCAUUUGUUCGGCUCGAUCAAUUAGAAUGGGUUAUUGAUACGUGUAUUCGUUCAAAUAUUUUUUGUGCUCUGGUAUGUACAAACAAAUAUAAUGGUGGCAGUCAAAGACGUGCUCAAGUAUUAGAUGAAUUUCAUCGGCUUCUUUCUCAUUAUCAUACAAUGACACUCGAUGAAGCCAAUGUUAAAUAUUAUGGUGGUGUGGCUUUGUGUACAUCAGUGAAUAGCAUUCUUUUUGAAGAUAUAGAUUUUGGAGUAAGAAAACAUGUCGAAGGUAUUAAUGAACUUCUUUUUGGUAUUACAAAAUCGUUAAAAGACGAUAAUCUGGCAGCUUGGUGCUACACUAUUAUUGACAAUCAAUCAUUCUGGCUGACGAUGCGUGAUGGAAUUGUAGAACUAUUUAAAAUAUCUGAACCUAUUGUGAAAGAAUUUCUUCAAAAAGAAGGCAAAGACAUUGCGAAAUUUCUAAUUCCGUUGAUUAUACGUGCGUUAUUAAAAAGAUAA